AGAGCCAGCGGGGGUCUCGAGCCAAAGAAGAAACUAAACACGAACAGACAAGGAAUCUGCCGAAUUCAAACGACGGAAAGAGGAAACACACUCGUUUGUCCUGGUCUGAAAAUCAGGGUUCUGAAGAAAAAGGUCUUUUGUAUCAUGAUCGGACCUCUCAAGGCAUUAGAGGAGAGAAGGUUUGGUUCAACCGCAGCGUAUAUGAGCAGGCCGACGACGCUUAUCAAUCCUUGUUGAGCGCAGGGACCGGGACACCUCCGGUUUCAUCCUCCCCAAAUGAUCGAAUUCCCCGCACCCUGGUCUUCAGAGCUAAACGCAACGGUGCGCAACAACUGCAAGAGGAGGCGAACCAAACGUACACGCGUUCCUAUGCGUCACGUCAACAGCAGCGGGGUUCGACCCACCAGCGCUCCUCGUCUGAACCCGAUCGCCAGCUCCCAAAAAGUAGCAGGAAGAGGGUCUUCUCUGAGACCGAACGCGCCCCUCAGAAAAGGGACAACAUCACAAUGAGUGGACUUCAAGGACUCGGCCAGGAGAACAUCUGGUUUGACAAGUCCAGAUACGACGAGGCCGAGAGACACUUCUACGAGGGCAUGAACGGCAUCCCUCAGACACCUCAGGAGAGAGAUGCUAGUGCCAUCAUGCAGGACAUUGCUAAAGCCCGACAGAAUAUCCAGCAAUCCCUAGCCGGAAGUCAGAAUGCCAGCAAGUCUGAGGAUCAGAGUGAGCUGGUCUCUCGUCUGAAGAGUCUGGAACUGGACAACAAGAAUCUGCACAAAGUGGUGGAUGAUUUGAGAGCAGUGCUGUCCAAACUGGAGUCCAGAAUGGCUGUGCUGGAGAAGAGCCAAGCGCCGGCUGCAAAGACCGUUACUGUCACCAAGGCUGCUCCUGUCCAGAAGCCUAAGGUUGAGGAACAUAAUGGUGCAGACGAUGACGACGACGACAUUGACCUCUUUGGCAGUGAUGAGGAAGAUGAGGAGGCAGAGCGUAUCAAAGCAGAGAGGGUGAAGGAAUAUGCCCAGAGGAAGUCCAAAAAACCAGCCCUCAUCGCCAAAUCCUCCAUCCUGCUGGACGUCAAACCUUGGGACGACGAGACCGUUAUGUCCAAGCUGGAAGAGUGUGUGCGCUCCAUACAGAUGGACGGCCUUUUGUGGGGAGCUUCUAAACUGGUUCCUGUCGGCUACGGCAUCAAAAAGCUGCAGAUCAACUGUGUCGUAGAAGACGAUAAAGUGGGAACAGACAUUCUGGAAGAGGAGAUCACCAAAUUUGAGGACUACGUCCAGAGUGUUGACAUUGCUGCCUUUAACAAGAUCUGAGCCUCUCACCUCCAUCUCCAUUUCACACUGGGUUACUGCUGCUUUUAUAUCACAGUUACCAAUAAACUGUUCAGCCACGUGAACCAACUCA